CGACCUCGCUUGAGUCCUCCUCUCCACUUCACCGUGUCUCUCCACUGACCACAGGUUCACAGGCUCAAAAAAAAAAAAAAAACUGUAACUGACAGCUGACACACACUCACACUUCUUCUUCUUGGAGCAUUACUAUCAAUCCAAUUCAAUGAUUUUAUUAACGAAUUCAUCAUCACUAAACUAAUUUAAUUAACCCGCCAUGGCUACACUAGCCGUAGCUUCUACAUCUGCUGCUGUUACGGCGUCGUUUCACGCAAAGCCGGCCACCUGUUUUUUCCGGAGAACACCGGAGACGCCGACGAAGAAAAAAGAAGUUCGGGUGAUCGGAAACUUGAGUUACUUCGGAGAAACUGUGCGGAAGGAUUUUGAUUUUAUAAAGAAAGGAAUGAGUAAAGGAGUUGAUUGGGCUAAUGACGCGUUUAAACUUCCGCAAGUGUUUAAAACCCUAGAUGAUUUUAUUUGGUUGAAGAAUCUUGAAGACCCUAAUCAUUCUAAUGCUCCUUUGCAACCUCAGUCUUGGCCUGAAACUUCUUAUCCAGGACUUACUGGAAUUGAUUUAAUGAUGGCCGAUCUUAAAGCAUUGGAGGCAUAUGCUAGUUACUUCUACUAUCGAUCUAAAAUGUGGUCCAAGCCGCUUCCUGAAGUUUAUGAUCCCGAAGAUGUUGCUAACUAUUUCAGUUGCAGGCCUCAUGUGGUUGCUCUUCGACUUCUUGAGGUAUUUUCAGCGUUCGCUUCUGCCACAAUCAAAAUUCGAACCUAUGGGAUGACAAAUUUCAUGCAACCAGAUUCGAAUGCGGAUGCAAAUGAGAACAUCUCACAAUACAAUUUUGGCCUUGUGUUAAAAGAAACAAUGCUAAACUUGGGUCCUACAUUCAUCAAAGUUGGUCAGUCUCUUUCCACAAGACCAGAUAUAAUUGGUACUGAAAUUUCCAAGGCACUCUCUGAGCUACAUGACCAAAUCCCUUCUUUUUCUAGGACCACGGCAAUGAAAAUCAUUGAGGAAGAAUUCGGUUCUCCUGUUGAAUCCAUUUUUAGCUACAUCUCUGAGGAACCUGUAGCUGCAGCAUCAUUUGGUCAGGUGUACCGUGCAAAUACUCUUGAUGGAUGUGAUGUAGCCGUUAAAGUUCAGCGUCCUAAUCUGCGCCAUGUGGUAGUUAGAGAUAUUUAUAUUCUCCGCCUUGGGCUAGGGCUACUGCAGAAGAUAGCAAAGAGAAAAAGUGACCUUCGGCUCUAUGCCGAUGAGCUUGGGAAAGGUUUAGUUGGGGAACUGGAUUACACUCUAGAGGCUGCCAAUGCCUCCAAAUUUCUGAAUGUUCAUUCAUCCUUUCAAUUUAUGUACAUUCCAAAAGUAUAUAAUCAUUUAACUCGAAAGAGAGUUUUGACUCUGGAGUGGGUGGUUGGUGAGAGUUCAACUGAUUUACUCUCUUUAUCUGCUGGUAAUGCUAGUGAUCAUGGUUCUUCAUAUUCAAAUCGGCAGAAAACUGAAGCAAAAAGGCGACUGCUUGAUCUGGUUAGCAAAGGAGUGGAAGCAUCGCUGGUUCAGCUCCUAGAAACAGGCUUGUUGCAUGCGGAUCCACAUCCAGGAAACAUGCGCUACACGUCAUCUGGAAAAUUAGGAUUUUUGGAUUUUGGUUUACUAUGCCAAAUGGAAAAGAAGCAUCAAUUUGCUAUGCUUGCAUCUAUAGUACACAUAGUAAAUGGUGACUGGGAAUCUCUUGUGCGUUCUCUUACGGAAAUGGAUAUUGUUAAGCCGGGGACUAAUAUUCGGCGGGUUACAAUGGAACUAGAAGAAUCUUUGGGGGAGGUGGAAUUUACAAAUGGAAUUCCUGAUGUCAAGUUCAGCAGGGUUCUCAGCAAAAUAUGGUCUGUAGCCCUUAAGUAUCAUUUUCGCAUGCCACCAUACUACACUCUUGUUUUACGCUCUCUUGCAUCACUGGAAGGUCUGGCAGUAACUGCGGAUCCAAACUUUAAGACAUUUGAAGCUGCAUACCCAUAUGUUGUCAGAAAACUACUCACUGAAAAUUCUGCUGAAACAAGGAGCAUUUUGCAUUCGGUGGUUUUGAACAAAAGGAAAGAAUUCCGGUGGGACAGGCUUGCUCUUUUCCUAAAAGUAGGAUCAACUAGGAAAGUCUUGAGCAGAGCAGCAGCACCAAAGAGUGGAAGCUCCCUUGAUUAUUUAACAAAGAGGUCAUCUGGUGGUACUGUUGACGUUGCACGCUUAGUUUUGCUGCUUUCGUCCAGAGAUGGCGUUGUUCUUAGAAAGCUUCUAAUGACUGCAGACGGAGCUUCAUUAGUGAGAGCAAUGGUGUCUAAGGAGGCAAGCGUCUUCAGAAAACAAAUUUGCAAGGUCAUUGCUGACGUGUUAUAUCAAUGGAUGGUUCAAACUCUUAGAUUAGAAAGAAUAAUUAAGUACAGUUCUCAAGUAAGAUUGACAAGUGAAUCCGACAAGCAAGAGCUAAGUCCAUCUUCACGUGUGUCCAUCUACCAAUCCAUCUUCCAAGAUCGACGGCUGAAAGUAAUCUUUUCCAGGAUAUUAAAUUCGGCAAGGAAAGAUACAGUACUGAUGCUAAAAUUUUGCCGGACUUCUGUAGCUAUGUUUGUUGCUGCUUCAGCACUGGCUUGUCAUCAAGUUAUGGUCUCUUUCUGUGAAGUUUAUAUCGCUCCUCUUUCACUUGCUCCGAAUAGAGUAGUAGUUAGUGCCUGAAGUCCUAAUUUGAUGCUACUGAAACCCAGGAAAAAGAUUUGACACUCGGAAACCCGCCUUUUAACAGUUGCACUGUAUUCGACAGCAGAGAAGACUUGAGGUCCCUACUUGUACAUUAAUUUCGAGUGUAAUGUUCCCCAAAGAAAAGAAUUCGGGGUGAAAGGAUUGAGUUGAAGUUGUUGGCUUCAGGACCGAGCUUAACUACCUUUUACUUAAGCUUCUCUAAGUAAUAUAUGCGUGUGAAAAUUAUCGGGGAAGAAGGAUGUGGUAUAUCAAAGGAUUUUCGGCAGGCUAAGAAGGUACAUAUGAAAGACUUGCAAAGACUUUUCUUUGAACUGGAAGAGUUGCAUAAGAUAACCUGCCAUUUUUUCAGCCUAAAAAUUAUACCUUUUUGAGUAUAGACUAUAGUAGUAGACUAGUAGUGAUAUGGUGCGGGAGGUUAACGGAUCAACCAAUGGCUUCUCGAGUUUGUAUCGCAGUAUAUUUUGUAGAUUCCGAGCUGUGCUCAAGGAUAAUUAACACAUUACUCUGGAAUUGCUAUGUUGGCACUCUCUUUUCAGGUAACGAGUCAUGACAAGGAAUAAAAUUGAUAUAAAAUUCAUGGUUCCUACAUAAA